CUAUCAACAACUCAGCAAACUCAGCUGAUUAAGAUAUGCAUUCCUUUGUUUUUAUUUAUUUUUAAUAAACGUCUUCAUAAAUUUUUAUCAAAAAUUUUCCAGUGCCAUCCUAUGAAACAUUUUUGAUUUUUCAGGAAGGAUAAAUUCAAAAGUAACUUAGGAUGUCCACCCAAAAUGCAGCAAAUGACGAUUCUGACCUCUUGGACUACCUGCCCUUAUCUAAAUGUUUUUGCUUCAUAUCUCUUCGUGUUUGUGCCAUAGUCUUUUCUGCUUACGUUGUGAUAUGGUUUUUCACCGUAGUCUUCAUGUUCCUUCUACUGGUAGUCUUUCCAUGCAAGGAGCAGGUAAAAGCCCGUUUGAUCGAGUAUGAGCAAAGGCAGCAACAGCAAUAUUCUCAGCAAUAUCAACAGCAAAGUCCUGAAGGUGGUGAUCCAAUGCACCAACCUCAACACGACCCUGAAAGUCCUGCCACAUCCCAAGACGCGAGAAGACUCUCGGAGUCACUUGAUCGCCUCAGACUUUCUAACCCAUCAGUUAUACUUUCCUUGACCUUCAGCAGUUUAUUGGGUUGUAUGGGAGUUACAAGCGUAGUUGCCAUUGUUAAUGACGAUGCAGAGCUAUUAAAAAUAACUAAUUUUGUUAUUAUGUUUGGCAUAAUUUAUUUCCUGAUCUCAACAAUUAUAAGGUCUUUACAAAGCAAGGAUAUGGAGGAUAUAUUUUGCUCACUGUGUUGGAACAUUUUCAACAUUUAUGGGAUUUGGAUAUUGUGGAGCUACUAUAAGGAAAUUCGGAACAAAUAGGCUUAUUGAUAAAAUUACAAAGACGAUUAAACACCUAUGAAACCAA